AGUUUGAAAAUGCUGCGCCUGCUGAUCUUCCUGGGAGUCGCAGUCCUCGGAUGCCAGGCUGCCUGCAAUCAGUGCUCCACAACCACCCAAGUGGCCUGCGUGUCGGCCACCCAGUUCCAGUUCUGCUCCGCGGAUUCCGUGGCUAUCGGUGGCCUGUACACCUGCCCCAGUGGAACCUACUGCACGGAGCAGUCACCGUUUUGCAACAGCGACUCCACCUUGGUCACCUGUCAGGGCUGCAAUAAAUGCAGCAGCGAUAAUAGAUUCGCCUGCACCGGCAGGAACACCUUCGCCCUGUGCCUGGGAACCAGCACGCCCAGUACUUCGGUUGGUGGAACUUGCGGUUCGAACUUUGUUUGCAACUUGGAAAACGCCAAUAUUUGUGGCAGUCCCACAACGAAUUCCGUGACCUGCUUGGAUUCGGGAACGGGACCCUGCGAUGGCACAGCCAUUACAAAUCCCACCGAAUACUGUCAGUCCAUCCAGCAAUCGGGGCGAUUUCCCUAUGGCAGAGAUACCUCAACCACCUGCAGGCAAUAUGUGAACUGCUAUGCCUAUGCUGGCAUUUUCUAUGGCAAUAUCUACAGUUGCCCGGGAUCCACUUACUUUGACAGCACCUCGCACCUUUGCACCAAUGCCACGCAGGCCAGGUGCUCGGAUACUGUAUCCUGUUUAACCCUCAAAGACCGAUUGCUGUUGUAAAGUUAAGAUUAUAAAGGGUAAUAUCUUUAUUACGAUCAUUAUCACAGGGCAAGGGAUAUCUUAUGCAAAUACAUUUAAAGCUUUAUUCGA